UGGAUCAAAGGUUGGCUAUUCUUGUUCUGCUGUCAGGUUUGUAUCAUCAUUUGUAAUUUGUUUGCAUGUAUGUCUGUAUGUGCAUAUAUUUUAGCAAGCUAAUAUUAACAGGGAUCUUGUGGAGCAGUUCUGGUCUUUCACGACAGUAUCACUAUAUAAAUGAGAGAAUGCCCUGGAGUGAUGCUCAGAGUUACUGCAGAUCGAGGUACACUGAUCUGGCUACUGUAGACGACAUGAAUGAUGUGAGCAGGCUGGUAAAAACGGUGGAUGCUGGUUACAGUGGAUCAGUGUGGAUUGGACUGAAGAGCGGGACACAGAGUCGCUGGGGUUGGUCUAAGGGAGACAAUACUCUCACACAGUACAGCGGCUGGAAACCAGGGAAGCCUGAUGGUGAAGGAAAAUGUGUCUAUUUUGCCUAUGGAUUUUGGAUCAAUUCCCCGUGCUCAACACGGCUAUUCGUUGUGUGCUACAAUGAAAGCACUGGAUACAACAUGGUAAAUGUUUGGAAAAACUGGACAGAAGCUCAGAGCUACUGCAGACAGUAUCACACUGAUCUGGCCACCAUCCGCAGCUCAGAGGAACAAAACCAGCUUAAUAGUAUUGUUGGGCAAGGGCCAUGGGUCUGGAUUGGUCUGUUCCUGGAUUCUUGGGAGUGGUCUGACCAAUGGAGCCUCUUCUUUAGAUACUGGGCUACAGGACAACCAUCCCAGGGUUCAGACUGUGUUGGCAUGUUGACAAAUGAUUCUGGGAGAUGGGUUCCUGACAGCUGUGAUCUACAACGUCCUUUCGUCUGUCAUGGAGAUGAGAGGUUGACUAAAAAACAGAUUGUUAGACUGAAAUUGUCCAGCGAUGAAAAAUCCAAUUUGAAUGAUCCUUUAACACAGACUGCAGUUCUGAAUAAGAUAAGUGAAAAGCUAAAGAGCACGGGGCUGGAAAGUAACAGCAAAAUAAGCUGGAGAAAGCAGGAAGGUGAAAACAUGUUUCAAAAGGAGACCAAACGUAAAGGGAAUUCAAAUAAAAACUGUGAUGAUACCAAUCUUUAAUAUACUACUAUAAACUACAAAUUUAAAACAGAAGUAAUAUAUAUAUAUUAUUUUCUGUUUAAAAUCUUCUUUUUACUAAAAUGGACUAAAUGUACUACAUUAAUAUUAAUUGAAGUUACAAACUGCAUAUAUAACUUACCAUCAGUCUGUUUUAAAGUUUUACUUUAAAGUAGCUAAUGCAAGUGACUAGAGUUAUUUCUAUAUUUUAUAACUUUGCUUAUUGAUAUUAUACAAGCAUAUGCAUGUAUUCACAUGUAUGUAUUCAACAGUAGUCAGUUCACAUUCCUGUAACCAACUAUAAGGCAUUAUCACUGCAUAUGUUAUCCCUGUAUUCCUUUAUUUAUGCAUGAAUGCUCAUGAGGCCUCACAUGUUUAAUGUAUGCGCUAGAGAAUUAUUCCAUGUUACCCCUCUAUCCUUGUAAGGGAUUGUAACAUUGCUGUACCAACGUUCCCGUGGGAAACUGGAGCUUACGUGCAGCAAUGUAUAUACUUUUGGACUUUUAGUAUAUGGAUAGGUUGCCUUUUUGAACCGAUGGGGGCUCAGAGCAGGUGGCAGAGAGAGCUAAAUUUAUAAUUGAUUUCUGCUCAGUCAGCCCGCAUACACAGGAUAUCGCCGACAUUUGAAUAGGCAUGCUUUGCUAAGCAUGAUAUUUACGAGCGCUUUUGCUCAGAAUGCAUGCAUGAAUCUUGCUCCCUUACAAUGUGGCUUUCGCACUUCAAUGGGUCAUAGCCGUAUGACCUGACACCCUGAAUUAUGACCUCAACUUGUACAGUACUCGUUUUGCCUAAGAAAGGAGUUUUCUGGCACAUUGUGUAUUACAUUGUGUACUGGUUGGGUAUAAAACCCUUAACUGAUCUUUGAUUGUCAGACUAACAACUCAAAUCUCUCGCUCUUCACAUCUGAUCUCCAACUUUGAGGCCUCAUCUUAUUAUUUGUACUUUAACUUUGACUUCUUUCUUUUACAUACUUAGUUCAUUAGAUAAAGACAAGGCAUUGUAUUAUUAUUAGGUUA